AUGGACGGACACGACAAGGCUCAGGGGGGCAAGUCUGAGAAAGCUUUGUCGUCCUUGCCAAAAGAAGAAGCUCACAAAGUAAUCAACGCUGCAGGGCACAAGUUAUCCUCCGAAUCGCUGCAACAGUUGAUCGAAUCCAAAGGGUAUCGAGCUAGUCAAAUGGAUGCUUUGUCAGAGUUUCGCAAGUCUCCUUUACAACAAGCUUGCUGGAAGGGAAAUCUGUCAUCAAUACAAUAUUUGUUGGAACAAGUUGGCUGUGAUGCCAACGUCUACUCCAAACAAACCUUUUCCUAUGGGAAAACUGCCAUUUUCUUUGCUUUGACUCAAUCGCGAAGGGAGGUAGUCAAGUAUUUGCUCUCCAGACAAGACGUCAAUGUGUCCAUUGUCAAUAAUAAGGGUCAAUCGGUUUUGUCGCUGGCUGCCUCUCACAACAUGCCCGUGGAACUAUUGCACAGUAUUCAAUCCAAAGAAGAAUCGGAUCUUUCCAAAUGGUGGAACUUUCGGGAGACACAUUCCGACAAUUUGGAAUAUGGUGACUUAGACCCUCGUUUUCUUGAUCGACCAUUGCGGGACACUGAUGUGGUGACGGAAUAUGCAGUCAACCCCACAACUAAAAAGUCUCGAAAAGGAGGCUUUCAACGACGGAAUCCAGAGGCAGCAAAAGAGUGGCAACGUCAUCGACAACAAAUAAAGCAAGGAAAGACUCAAACAACGAAACGAGAACUAGCCAAUACGUUGUCCACGGAAAAGCAACAAGUCAUUGGAAGGGGAUGGAUGAUCUUGUCGGGUCGUUCUUCUAAUAGUGAUAUGGAGUUGCUGGAAGCGAUCAUUGCAAUAUUGGAGCAAAGUGAUGGUCUUCGGAAACCAUGGCUUUCUGAUAUGGCGAAUCGACUACUGGUGAUGGGAUACGAUUACAAUCAAGUCUCCCGCCUCACACUGACGAGUAGUGAUCAAGAUGAAUAUGAUCCAAUGACUCGAAGCAACAAUAAUGGAAGGACGACUUCCUUAUUUCUCAAACUGCUGACCAAAUUGCAAGGCGAUGACAAAUUAGAGGACCAGAAAGAAACAAGACAUUCCAGCAAUCAUCAGAAGGUGACAAAAGUCAAGGGAACGGCGACCACGAUAGACAGUGCAUCUUUCAAGGUAUGGUCCAAGUUGGGAUCUCAGCUACAGCAUCUAUCCAUUUCAUCAUUGGAACAAGAAGCAGCCACUGACGGAAGAAAGCAUUUGGUCUUACCUAAUACCAUUUCAUCGAUUGCACUCGUGAACGACUACCAGGGCUUGUUGAUUAUGUGGAAGCGUCUUCUAACUCUUGCGAAUGACGAUGAAGAAACUCUCAUACUAGCGAUGGAUUCCGAAUGGACGACAGCUGACACAAAUCAUGGUGGUUCGUCUGAGACAUUAAGACUGUCCACCCUUCAAUUAGCCUUUUGUGACCCAUCGGACGAGGCACCAGUUUCAGUAUACAUUUUGGAUUUGUUGGUGGGUUCUGAUGAGAAUGGCGAAGGUGGUAGUUUUCGAUCUCUUGCACAAAAAUUGGUGCACUGGAUGAUUUUCGGAAGCAGUCAGCACUCUGACGCUUCCUCUACUUCACUUAGUAGGGACCACCCCAAUAUGUGUCUUCUGGGAUUUGCCAUUCACUAUGAUUUGCGAAUACUGCGAGACUUUUGCGAUCCGUCCAAAGGAAGGCCGACAGGCGCCAACAACUAUAGAAGCCAAAUAAUCGAUCUUCAAUUGCUUCUGAGGGAAAGACGCGAUUCGCAAUUUCCUUCCAAACAGAUGCGAGGCCUCAAGGAUUGCACGAAGCUCUUCUCCUCUUGGGAAUUAUCGAAAGACGAGCAGCGUUCUGACUGGUCCGAACGCCCAUUGAGCCAGUCCCAAGUACAAUAUGCGGCGCUGGAUGCUGCUAUACUCUUGUUCUUGUUGGCCGAGGAAUACCGAUCCAAUGAUUGA